AUGGACUCUUCCAUAUGGAGGACGUCGACAAUCGUCGGAAGUGUCGUCUCCACGUUUGCCGUUCUUACAGUAAUCAUCGGUCUCCCCUUAAUGCACAAUCAUGUGCAGAAGAUGACUACGCUCAUGUUGACGGAGGUCGAGUUGUGUAAGACCGAAACUCAGGAUAUCUGGAAGCAAAUGAAGUUCUCUCGUCUCGCGCCGAACCGCACCAAACGUCAGUCGCCAUACGGUAACUACGGUGCGUCGCCAGCCGGUUCUUGUUGUGCUUGUACCCAAGGAGCACCAGGCCCUCGAGGUGCUCCAGGAGACGACGGAGAGCCAGGACGUGAUGGAUUCCCUGGGAGAGAGGGAGAUAACGGUGUGGCCGGGAAGUAUCUGCCGGCGCCACCACCAGGGACAAACGCCUGUCAGAAGUGUCCACCAGGAGCUCCAGGACCACCAGGUCUUCCAGGACCAAAAGGACCCCGCGGAGCCGCCGGUUUCGAGGGUAAACCAGGUCGUCUCGGAGAGGACAAUCGGCCAGGGCCACCAGGACCACCAGGAGUGCGCGGAGAGCCUGGAGCGUCCGGUGAGAAGGGACCGACCGGAGAUCGUGGUAAGGUGCUCAACGGAGCGCCACCAGGUCCCACCGGUCCACCAGGAAAGGUUGGUCCUCGUGGUCUUCCCGGUGGCAAGGGACACGACGGGAAGCCAGGAUUGGGUGGACAAGGUGGAGUGCGCGGACAGGUCGGUGCUCGUGGAGACGCUGGAAAUCCAGGAUUGCCGGGACCACAAGGACCGAAAGGAGAGCCUGGCAACCCGGGAACCUGUCAUCACUGUCAGGCUCGUCGGGAGCCGCCAGCAGCUCCUCAGCAACCACCACAGGACUAUGCGACACCAGCACCAGCGGCGCCGGCACCAGAAUCAUAUCCAGCACCGAAUGGACAAUAUUUGUGGAUACAUUAA